UAUUCUAUGAAUUACUUUUGCUUUUCUCUGCUAUCUCUUUUCUUCUUUUUUUUUUUUUCUAAUGGGAUUGAAACAGAUAGCAAUAUAUAACAAUUAUAUUGCUUGAAAAUGGUGGCCGUUGGCUUAUAAAUAUGCUACUUUAUGUAUUUUUUUUCCUACAAUUAUCCCUCAAAAUAUUUUCGCAUUCUUUUCAAUAUAUAUAUAUAUGGAGAUUAUUUUUAUAAAAAUUUCCUUUUUUUAGAAAUUAUGUAAUUCAUAUUAUUUUUAAUACAUCAAAUCAAACACUGAAUUAGAAAAAUACACAUAAUUAAAGCAAACAUGGCUAACACAAACAUUACUAAUACAAUCAUUAAUAAUACAUUAUAUUUUGUAUUAUUAUUAUACUUUCUACAAACGACUUCUUAGGACACAUUUGGUAGGAUGUAUUAAUUGAAAUAGUGCAUGCAUUAAAAUUUAAUCCAAUCUAGUACAUUGUUUGAUUGCACGACUCAAUUUAAUCCCUCUUUAUCUUUGUAUAACUAAUACAACAUAGGAUAUAUUAUCUUAUACUGAGGAAACACAGGAAUUACUUAUACAAGAUCAAAUCAUACAUGAAUAAGAGAAUAAAAUAACUAAAUUACGACUCAAUCUCUUUUACUAAUUUUUUCUUUUAUCCAACUAAUUAAUAGAAAAUGCAAUUUUCAUCGCUAUCCGAAAUCAUUUUAAUCUUCAUAAAUCAUGUUAGGCCAAAGCUAUCAGCUUUCUUAGGAUGUUUGGAGGGCCAAGUGAAGCUACUAGAACAAAAAAUACUUUCAUGUUAUUUCAUGUGAAGCUUUUAGGAUUAAUUUCAUGUUAUUUUAUUCAAGAAUUAGUUGAAUACAAUUCGUAUGUUUGUUUUGUUGAAGAAUUAAUUAAAUGUGAUAAAAUUAUAUUUGAUUAAAAAAACCCACAUAAAUGAUCGUGAAGAUAAACAGUAGCAGAUUGAAAGAAAAAGAUAUAUGGGGUUCUAACAAGCAUUUGAACGAUAAUGUCUCACCAUAAUAUGUAUUUCAUAUUAUGAUAGAGGUCCGUAGAUUAUUUGAUAAAGGGUCUAUGCACUUCAAACAUCUAAACUAUUCAUAUUUUAAUUUUUAAGAUGUCAAGUUAAAUGAAAUAGAAAUUUCAUUAAAAAAUCAAAGGCAUAAUUAUAAAGAAAAUAUUUAUAAAAUUUUAAACUAAACAUAAUACAUCAUAUAUCUAAUUUUUAACACAAAAAAUUAAAUACUUAACAAAAAAAUUUCUACAUUAUAGUUAUUAUAUUAAGAAUUCAUGCAUUAUUAAUCCUUAUAUUACUAUCUCUGUAUAACUUAUUUUCCUACCAAAAGACCCCGUAAUUUUUAGUGUGUUAAAUUAACUUGACUUAGCAAGUGCGUGAAUAAAUGGUUCAAGAAUGUGAUUGAAUUGCCAGGUGCCGCACAUCUACUUAGUUAAAGAUUAAGUAGGCGUUCGGCGAUCAGAAUUUUUUAAAAAAAAGAAAAAUUAUUUAAUUUUAAUAAAAAAAUAAAAAUAAUAAUAUUUACCUAUAAAAAUUAUUUUAAUUAUAUAUCUUUAGACCAACUUCAAUUAUAACUUCAACUUCAAAAAAUUAUUAUUUUCAAUUAUAACUUCAAUUUCAAAAAAUUAUUAUUUUCACAAGAAACAGGACCUAAGAGCAUGACAGUAAGAUUUUAAAAUGUUAGUUAUGUCAGAAAGUAGACUGGGGCUUCAGCCUUUAAGCUUUAGAGGGUUAACAAAAUUGAGUAAUUCGCUCCGCACCAAUAAUCUUCGCCGGGACAGUAGCAGCGACAGGCUUAGAAGCCGCAGACCCGAGCCGAUGGAAGCUUGUAGGAGCUCUUAGCUUACCACAAGUAACAUACAUCUUCAAUUGGUUAACAAAAAGUUUCUUUUCUACUUUGAAAUUUGGUGUAAAUUUUUCUGAUCAUUCUCGAUGAACUUCGUAGCAGAAAGCUUGAAAAACAAGGCUAUUUCUUUAAACAAGUAUAAAAGUACGGGCCGCGCAGCACAAUGUGAGUGAUGAAUAGAACGUAUAGAAAUGAAUUUAACUGGGUUAGCCCAAUCUCUCAAAUUUCCUUCCUUGAAAUCGUCCAUGGAAUCGCUCUGUAAUGCCAAAAGGCUUACGGAAGCUGUAAUACUUGCUUUUAACAACUCUAUUGAAGCAGACUAUACUAUUUACUCGAAUAUAAUUCAGCUUUGCAUUGACCUAAAGGCUCAUAAGCAGGGUCGUUUGGUUCACUCCCAUCUUAUAACUACUGGGUUUCCUUCAAAUGUUCAUUUGGGAACCAAAUUGAUCAUUUUCUACUCGUUGUUUGAUGACAUGGUGUCCGCCCGCAAGGUGUUUGAUAAAAUGCCAGAAAGGAAUGUGGUUUCAUGGACUGCGCUUUUGUCUGGGUACUCUCAGAAUGGGGAUCCACGAGAGGCUGUUAGUGUGUUUGUUGCUAUGCGUAGGGAUGGGGUGAGGGCUAAUCAGUUUACUUAUGGAAGCGUCUUGAGGGCGUGCACUAGCGUGUCGUGUAUGAAUUUUGGAAAGCAAAUACAAGGGUGCAUUCAGAAGAGCAGGUUUGUGGAUAAUUUAUAUGUACAGAGUGCCUUGGUUGAUUUUAAUGCUAAGUGCGGAGAAAUGGAGGAUGCUUUUUGUGUUUUUGAGUCAAUGACAGAGAGGGAUUUGGUUUCUUGGAAUGUCAUGAUUUCUGGAUAUGCUUUUCGAGGUUAUAACAUUGAUGCAUUUCUGCUGUUCCGUUGGAUGUUCAGACAAGGUAUAAUCCUCGAUUGCUUCACAUUGGGAAGUGUUCUCAAAGCAUCUGUAGGAGGUGGCAAGUGUGGUGGAUUAGAGAAAAUCAGUAUGAUACAUGGAUGCAUCAUUCGACUUGGUUAUGAGUCGCAUAGUAUUAUUAGUGGAGCAUUAGUUGAUGCCUAUGUGAAAUGUGGAAAACUGACCAAUGCAAAUUAUAUAUACAAGAAGAUGCAGACCAAAGACAGGAUUUCAUGCACUGCGCUAAUUACUGGAUACGCACGUGAAGGCAAAAAUAGCAGCGAGUGCCUGGAACUCUUUUGUCAAUUACAUCAGAAUCAUAGGGAAGUUGAUAGCAUUAUUUUAUGCUCUAUGAUCAACAUAUGUGCCAAUAUGGUGUCAUUGUCUUUGGGAAGACAACUACAUGCUAUUGCGAUCAAAUAUCAGAGCACUCUUGAUGUGGCGAUGAGUAAUGCUUUGUUGGAUAUGUACGCAAAAACAGGAGAAAUUGAAGAUGCCAACAAUGUUUUUCAGCACAUGACAGAGAAAAAUGUAAUAUCAUGGACAUCAAUGAUCUCUGCAUAUGGUGUGCAUGGUCGAGGAGUCGAUGCAGUUUCAUAUUUUAAGAAGAUGGAGUGUGAAGGUUUUGAGCCAAAUGAUAUAACGUUCUUGUCUCUCCUGUUUGCUUGUAGCCAUAAUGGAUUGACUGCUGAAGGAUGGGAUUGUUUCAGUAAAAUGGUUAGAAAAUAUAAAAUUGUUCCACGAGAUGAGCAUUACUCUUGCCUAGUGGACAUUUUUGCACGCAGCGGCUGUUUGAAUGAAUCCUAUGAUUUGAUUUGCCGGAUGAAUAUAAAGCCUAGUGCUUCUCUUUGGGGUUCAGUUCUUGGGGCAUGUAGCAUAUAUGGCAAUAUGGACCUUGGAAUGGUAGCAGCCAGGCAUUUGUGCAAUAUCGAACCUACAAAUGCUGUCAGCUAUGUGGUUCUAGCAAGUAUGUAUUCUGCAGCUGGCUUAUGGGACAGCGCUUGGAAGGCACGAGAUGUUGUUCAAACUAGAAGGUUACCAAAGGAUCCUGGUUACAGCCUUUCUCAUUCUGGCAAUGAUAUGGUAGCCCUUCUACCUACUGGCUGAUACAUGAAAAAGAUCCAGAUCUUCCUUGUAAUGUUUCAUACUACCUGGAUCUUUUGAAAGUUAGUUUUGGUAGGUAUAGUUUCAGCGAGCAGUGAUGAUGUGGUGAAGCUAUGAAUAGCAACUGUUUUCUCCCUGAUAAAGCAAUUGACUUGAUUGAUGAAGAUGCUUCCAUGUUCGACUUCAUCAUGCACAGGUAUAGAGUACUCUCUUUGUCUUAGUGUGUCCUGCCCUAUCUUCCUAAUGGAGUCAUGCCCUGUUUCUUGACACCAUCUAGCUCCCUGAGGAAGCAAGUGCUUCGCCAGAUCACAAAGGAGAAAAAUGAAGCUGUCUGUGGUCAAGCGCCGUUACACUGUUGAGGCAUUAGUCGCUGCUGCCCAGCUUUCUCACCCAUAUAUCAGUCUAGCUCCCUGAGGAAGCAAGAGAACUGGAGAAAGAACUUCGCCAGAUCACAAAGGAGAAAAUGAAGCUGUCCGUGGUCAAGAUUUUGAAAAG